CCCCCACUCCACUCCACCUCGUUUAUCCUCCUUUCCAUUGGUCGGAAACACCAACACCCGUCAUCACCCACACUUCACACCAACAACCAACAAACCACCAACAAACCCAACAGCAAACCCAAGAAACAAAAAACGAUGCUAUCACUCACCGCCAAGAGAUGGACCACUACCACCACUACAACGGCAACGAAGACAUCGAGUCUAAGACUCAACAACAGCCGGGCAUUCAGGAGCAGUCCACGGAACCAACUAGCCCACCAGGCGCCGGUCAAAGAGAUCGACCCGAUCCCCGCACCCACCCAAACUCCUGACCUACCACCCUUCCACUUCGGCGCCCCUUCUUCCUCUAAGGAUCAGGUCGAACCACCCGAGUUCAAUUAUAAGGAUCCCGAUUAUAAGCCCAUCGUCUACAAGGAUUACUCUAAUGGUCCUAGUGCGCUUGAUAAGGCUGCUAAACUCUUCUUCUUGACUGAGAUCGCUAGAGGAAUGUGGGUCGUCUUGGGACAGAUGUUUCGGCCCCCUUACACGAUCAUGUAUCCGUUUGAGAAGGGCCCAGUGUCGCCGCGGUUCCGAGGCGAACAUGCGUUACGCCGAUAUGCGAGUGGGGAGGAACGCUGCAUAGCGUGUAAGCUUUGCGAGGCGAUUUGUCCGGCACAAGCGAUCACGAUCGAGAGCGAGACUAGAGAGGACGGGUCUCGAAGGACGACUCGAUAUGAUAUCGAUAUGACUAAAUGUAUCUAUUGCGGAUUUUGUCAAGAAGCCUGUCCGGUGGAUGCGAUUGUGGAAAGUCAAAACACCGAAUAUUCGACGGAAACGCGCGAGGAAUUGCUCUAUAAUAAGGAGAAACUCUUGGCGAAUGGGGAUCGAAUGGAAUCUGAAAUUGCGGCCAACCUUCAUGCCGAUCACGUUUACAGAUAACUUCCUCCUCCUCUGACCCACUUUGGUUCUAACAACACACCAAAAGUGGGUUUCAAAACCAACUCUGGUUGUGAUCUCUCAUCUUCCCUGUGACAUCUCUCAUGAUCAUCCAAUAAUCACUAGACAACUAUACUAUAUCGCUUUUCUUUGUAUUCAAAUACACACACACAAAUACACACACACAUACAAAAGAGGGUUCUUAUUUUUUUGUGAGCUUGUUUGGAUCUAAAGAGAGUGAAUAUGCUCACGAGUGUUUGGAUUUCAAAAGGAUUAAACACACAC